UCUCUUUUGUUUCCCAUCGGCAGCAGCAAACUGAUUGAUCCUUCGGCUAGCUGAUUUCUUUGCACACGAAACAUCGACCCAGCGGAUAUAUCUACACAGCCGCACCUGUCGCCAUCCCUCUCGGCAUCGUCGUCAUCUCUGCACGACUUAACUUGGGUCCGAACACAAAGCCUCCCACCUUACCUCUUCGGCGCAGAAGAACUAGCAACCAUGUCUCUUCCGGCAGCAUACCUCCAAGAGAUCGAUAUCCUCAACCAGAGGAUAUCCCAAGCACAACCGGCGGAUAUCGUACAGUUCUGUGCAAACUACUUCAAUGGUCGCCUCGAGUCUGAGCGCGUGGAGCAUCUCUCCGCUACCAUGUCCAAUCCAUUCGCAACAGUGGGCUCCGAUACCUUCCCCGGCACAUUCGGCGGAGUAAGCAGCUCAGGAGGAUUCGACGGUGCUCGGGAUGCCAUCACCGAAGAAGAGGAAGAUGUGCACAGUCCCACAACACCCAAUUUCAGGCCACAGUUCAGCCCGCAGUUCAGCAUGGGCGGAUCUGGCGGCAGCGGUGGAGGCGGUGGCGGUGGUGGAACUGGGCGUCGCGAUCAUUCCCCUUCUUCCGGCGGAAGAGCCAAUUCGCGUGGUCCUCCUCGUGCUGCUGGAUCUUCGUUCCUCGCCCCUUCGCUCAAUGCCCACCUCUCGCCGAAUGCUGGACAGGAUUUCCCCUCCAACUACAACAGAAACCGCCGAACCUCUGUGUCCGCCGAAUCAUUAAUCCCAAAUGCGUCGAAUGACGAGUGGUCGCCACCGGUGCACGCCAAAACGCCCGACCAGUUGGCCCGUCUGAAAGUAUCUGUUUCUGGUAACUUCCUGUUCACCCACCUGGACGAAGAGCAGUUCUCUCAGAUUCUGCUUGCCUUGGUUGAGAAGCCCAUCCCCAACAAGGACAUGCGCGUCAUUACCCAGGGUGACGUCGGAGAUUACUUUUACAUUGUUGAGAGGGGCGACUUCGACAUCUACGUCAACUCGAUGGGACGGAUGAUGCCCGGUCCCGACGGGUUGGGAAAGAAGGUCAACUCGAUUGGACCCGGCGGUUCGUUCGGUGAGCUGGCGUUGAUGUACAAUGCUCCCCGUGCGGCCACUGUUGUCUCGACGACUCCUCAGAACAUUCUCUGGGCCCUUGAUCGAGUCACCUUCCGACGCAUCCUGAUGGAGAACACCUUCAAAAGACGACGGAUGUAUGAGGCCUUCCUCGAGGAGGUUCCCCUGUUGUCGCCGCUCGUGGCCUCGGAACGCUCCAAGAUCGCUGAUUCCCUCGACACCGAUACUUACGAGCCGGGGGCGACCAUCAUCAAGGAAGGUGAUCCUGGCGACCGGUUCUACUUCAUCGAGCAGGGUGUUGCCGAGGUCUACAAGAGCACGGUUCCCGGUGGUGGCUACGUCCGCACCUUGAACAAGGGAGAUUACUUCGGAGAGCUAGCGCUGUUGAACGACGCCCCGCGAGCUGCCAGCAUCGUGGCCAAGACCAAGGUCAAGGUGGCAUACCUGGGCAAAGCAGGGUUCCAACGAUUACUCGGACCUGUGGCGGACAUCAUGAGGAGGAACGACCCUCGGCUAGGCGAGAGUGUCGACCCGCUAUCCGGUGGUGCUCCCGGAGGACUCGACGGCGCGGUUGAUCCCAUCCAGGAGGCGGCCGGCAGGGGAAGGCCAGUGGAGGUAUAGAUGAAGGGGGCUAUGUGUCUGUACGUUCGGGGCGGUUCUUUCGUUUUGAUUGUCAGCAAUGGUGUUUAGUAAAAGUCUGUUUCCGGGGACCGCGUUGCUGCUGCUCCGACGGGCUUUUGUGGGGUUUUCGGUAGUUCUGCGUUUUUCGGU